AUGAACGCGCGGAACAGCACGCACUCCAGCCGAGUCCUAGCACCGUCCAGUUACCCUCGCUGGUCCUCCGCGACCACUCUCCAAAUCGCUCCCUCAAUGGUGGCCGAUGAUCAGCGCGACCCUUUUGAAGGCAAAGUCGCCAGCCUCAAGGAACUCAACCAACAACAGAAGAUCCUGCACCCAAGGGACAUCAGUCUGCCUGCUUCAGCGACGGGAGUUGAUGCCGUGCCUGGCCUGAAGACGCGCCUCUCAAGCAUUGCUGGAGCCCGGUACCUCUGA